CGCCUGGGUGCUUUGCCACAGUACAGUCAGUCGUCCCCUUUCUCGCUCUGCUCUGGGCUGGGUGAGCGAGGAGAACCAAAGCAGGGGGCAACCAGAGAUGGUCCAGAACUUGUGCCGCAAUUGCGAGCUCAGCUCAUCACAAGCGUCGCGCUCAUUCACAUCCACGGUCGACCUGAUUCCUGCUGAACCGCACCGGUGAAUAAAGCUACAACAUCGGAUUCAGGUUUGGAUUCUGCAUGUCGAUGGGCAUUUCAAAGGAGCAUUGAUAUAUAAAAGUUGGAAAGGAUGGGUUAUGGCAUGAGUAGGCUAGAGGAUGAAUACAGCGAACAUGAAGGGCAGAGUAGUGACGGACUAAGUUCAGCCCAAAUGAAUAAUGAAUUUUCCAAAUUGCAUAAUGAUAUUUUCCAUAUGACUCAUCUAAGAUCAGGACCUAGUGAAAGCAUCCGCAAGUCGAUUGGUAUCAACAAACAUGCAGUCUCAGUAACUAGGUUAUUACGUGGACGGGAAGUUAAUUCUUCAGGAACUGGGAAGUUCUUUUCGGUUGACCGUGCAUUCAUUCUUGGUCACUAUCUUCCAGUGGAUGGUCCAGAAAUAGUGGACAGGAUGAACUCACGAGCAUAUGUUUCACAGUUUUCUGCCGAUGGUUCUCUUUUUGUUGCUGGUUUUCAGGGUAGCCACAUAAGAAUAUAUGAUGUCGACAAAGGUUGGGAAGUACAUAAGGACAUUCAUGCUAGAAGUUUGAGAUGGACAAUUAGUGAUGUAUCGUUAUCACCAGAUCAAAGGUUUCUUGUCUACGCUAGUCUGGCACCUAUUAUCCAUAUUGUCAAUGUUGGGACUGCUUCAAAAGAAUCAUAUGCUAAUGUCACUGACAUACACGAUGGAUUGGAUUUUUCACAGCAUGAAGAUGUUAGAUAUUCAUUUGGACUGUUUUCAGUUAAAUUCUCCACUGAUGGCCGAGAGCUUGUCGCUGGCAGUAACGAUGAUUCUAUAUAUGUGUAUGACCUUCAGGCAGACAAACUGACAUUGCGUUUGCCUGCUCAUACAUCUGAUGUCAAUACUGUAGCAUUUGCGGAUGAAACUGGUAAUCUCAUUUAUUCUGGAAGUGAUGAUAAUUUGUGCAAGGUCUGGGAUAGGCGUUGUUUGUCCACAGGGGAGCCUGCUGGAGUUUUGACUGGACAUUUGCAUGGCAUUACUCAUAUCGACAGCCGUGGAGAUGGUCGAUGUUUCAUAUCAAAUGGAAAAGAUCAGGCUAUUAAAAUGUGGGACAUCAGAAAAAUGACAUCCAAUGCUGAUGGUUCCGAGAACAGAGUGCCUGCUUGGGACUACACAAAUUCAAGAUACCCACAACAAUACAAGCAACAAAAGCAUCCGCAUGAUCAGUCACUAGCUACAUACCGGGGCCAUUCAGUUCUACGCACAUUAAUCCGUUGCUACUUUUCUCCCACAUAUAGCACAGGACAGAAGUAUAUAUAUACAGGAUCUUAUGAUGCCAGUAUCUGCAUCUAUGAUGUGGUAAGUGGAUCACAAGUUGCCAAACUGCACAAAGGUCAUGAGCUGGCAGUUCGAGAUUGCAGCUGGCAUCCGUUCGAUCCAAUGCUUGUUAGUUCAUCCUGGGAUGGUCGGAUUGCUAAAUGGUCUAGAACUUGUUCCGAGCAAGAUACUUGUGAACUCGAUUGAGGAUACUUUCUGUGUGAGGUAAUCUUCAGGUAGCUUACGGACCUUGCGCUGUGCAACAAAACAGUGGGUAAAUACAUCCCUGUACAUGUCAUUUGUGAAAAUAUGUUCAUACCGUAUCUGUUCUGUACUUUCGACGGGCAUGCGUAGCCCAUACUGUUCCGUGCUUUUGUUCCAGCAAAAUGUAGCCUGUGUAUAUAUGAAUCUCUACCGGGGGAAAUAUAGUGGUCCUGCCCUCCAUUAGUUUGCUUUUA